AAUAAAUUUGAAUCGAAAUAACAGAAAAACAUUUCUUUUACUUUUCAAACUCCACCAAUUGAAAAUGAAUUUCAUGGGAAGGCGUAUUAUGAUUGGCAAAUACUGGGAAGUACCUUCAUUUACUAACCUGGCGGUAUACAUCACGUUUGCCGCUCAAAUUGGUUAGUUUACCUGUUUGAACGUUAGUGAGCUUUUUUUAACGUCAAAUGCAAAUUGAUGCAAUAUUGUUUCAACAAAUAUAUCUGAAAAAAAAUGAUUGGACGAAAUAUUUGCUCAAUCAUAAAAUUUAAAACGACAGCAAAUUUAUAGCAUGAUGCUUUGAAUUCGCAAAACAUAUGUAAAAUAAAAGGUUUACACGAAAGUGUGGAUGAUAUAACCACGUUAAUUGUUCUUUAUAAUUUACGGAAUUCUGAGAGAAAAUGAAUACCCCGCAAUCGAAUAAAAAAAAAGGUAGAAGUAGAAUUGGUAUCAAUCAUGGAAGCAAUAGUCCCGCGAAUACUGAAACAUUAAGUUCACAAGAGUCUUCAAAGUUUGUUUUGGUAAAUCCAAUUGGCGAAGACGCAAACAAAACUUUUAAGAUUGGGAUCACUGAUUCUAUUCCUAUCAUUUCCUUAGAAGGAAAUAGUUUUGAUGAAAAGAACACUCAGAAAGGUCAUAAUAUAUCAUCAGACAAAGAUAAAGAAGAAAAGAAUAUUCUGAGUAGUUUACCCGUUGCUAUGGUUAAGGAAAUAAAUGGGUAUGAAGAGCAAUUAGGAGAAGCUGAACCACUUCCAAAUUCGUAUAUCAGAUUUAUGGAACGUAGUGGCGAAGAACUUGACGGUGAAGUGGAAUAUGACCUAGAUGAAGAAGACACUGCAUGGCUAUCCAUAGUAAAUGAGAGACGGUUGGCCUCUGGACUUACUCCUCCUUUGGAACCAGAUACAUUUGAAUUAUUGAUGGACAGACUGGAAAAGGAAUCAUAUUUCCAACAACAAAGUAAUGGUGGAGGAGGAGUAGCAGCUGAUGAAGAUGCUGUAUGUUGCAUCUGUAUGGAUGGAGAAUGUCAAAACAGCAAUGCCAUACUGUUCUGUGAUAUGUGCAAUCUUGCAGUUCAUCAGGAUUGUUAUGGUGUACCAUAUAUCCCUGAAGGACAAUGGUUAUGUAGAAGAUGUUUGCAAAGUCCUUCACGAGCCGUUGAUUGUGUGUUAUGUCCAAAUAGGGGUGGUGCUUUUAAACAAACUGACCGUCCAGCUACGUGGGCUCAUGUUGUGUGUGCUUUGUGGAUACCAGAAGUAAGAUUUGCCAACACUGUGUUUCUGGAACCUAUAGAUAGUAUAGAAAGUAUUCCAGCUGCACGGUGGAGACUCACUUGUUGCGUGUGUAAACGUAGAGGAUUGGGUGCUUGUAUUCAGUGUCACAAAAGUAAUUGUUAUGCUGCAUUUCAUGUGACGUGUGCACAACAAGCUGGCCUGUGUAUGCGUAUGAGGACAGUACAGCCUGCAAAUGGAGAGCCUAUGUUAGUUCAAAAAACAGCUUAUUGCGAAGCACAUACUCCUCCUGAUUACCAACCUUCCACUAAUCCUGCAGAUGCAAGGAGGAGAGCAAUUGCCAAUAAGAAAAGUUCUUCUGCUCCUGUUAUCUCUAUACCAACUAUACCACCAGAACGUAUUAAAGAAAUUGCUAGCUUAGCUGAAGGAUUGCCUAAACGAAGUCAACUAAUUCAGCGUCUUAUAGCAUACUGGACUCUAAAACGCCAAUACAGAAAUGGUGUUCCUCUUCUUAGAAGACUUCAAAGUUCGCAUCCGCAAUCCAGACCACCGCCUCUCGGAGAAAAUUCCUCUCCAGCGCCAGAUAGCGAACUACGUGGAGAACUAUAUCGUCAGUUAAAAUAUUGGCAAUGUCUGCGGCAAGAUCUCGAACGGGCUCGAUUACUUUGUGAAUUAGUACGCAAACGUGAAAAGUUAAAAAAAGAGUUGUUUAAAGUAAAGGAAAAAUGUUUAUGGUUCGAAUUACGUCCACUAGAAAGUGUUCUUCGUACAUUACUGGAGGCGAUUAAAGCAAAAGAUGUAAACGAUGUAUUUGGUCAACCGGUAAAUACUAAAGAAGUUCCCGAUUACUUGGAAAUCGUAUCACAUCCUAUGGAUCUUUCCACUAUGCAGGCCAAACUCGAAAGACAGGAGUACGAUACUAUAGGAGCUUUUGAAGCAGACUUUAAUCUAAUGGUAAAUAAUUGUCUAGCGUACAAUCGUAAAGAUACAAUGUUCUAUCGCGCUGGAACUAAGAUGAAAGAGCAAGGCGGUGCUCUGAUAGAACAAGCUCGCAAAGACUAUCCUGAAUUGGACCCUAUCAAUGAUUCCGAGCAAACAGGAUCUAAGUCUAGAAAAAGAGAUCGUGCUAACCGAAAUCGUGUAGAGUCAGAGUUGCAAUCUGGAGAAAAAGAAAUAGGAGGGGGUGGUGUAAAUAGAAGGACGGCUGUUCUUUUUACUCGUAAAGCAAGAGAACGUGCUAGUAGAAGUAAUCAAACAUUUGCCUUGGAGGACGAUAAAAAGAAGCAAAGUGAUAGUUUCAAAGUAUACAGAAGUGGAACUAUGGAUAGCGACGUGGGAGAAGGUGAAAGUCAGUCAUCGAGUUGCAGUAGCUGUUCGACGAGUAGAUCUACUACACCAGAUUUGGAGGAAGAAAAACAAAGGCAAGAAGCGGACGAGGCAAAGAAAGAGCUUGAAAGUAAACAAGAAGCAGCUAGUAAUGGGCUGGAAGCGCUGCAGCUUGUCUGGGCAAAAUGCCGUGGUUAUCCGUGGUAUCCAGCUUUAAUAAUAGACCCUAAUACACCCAGGGGCACUGUGCACAAGGGUGUACCGAUACCAGCCCCACCCGAUGAUGUGUUAGCCCUUGCCGUUAAUUACAAAGAACCAGUAUUUCUUGUUCUCUUCUUCGAUACCAAACGAACAUGGCAAUGGUUACCAGGGGAGAAAUUAGAAAAACUUGGGGUCUCCCAAGAAUUAGAUGAAGCAAAGUUAAUAGAGUCUCGAAAACCCGCCGAUCGAAAAGCUGUAAAGAAAGCGUAUCAGGAAGCGCUUCAUUAUCGCAAACAAACUCACAACACAACGUUAAACGCUGGCUCAGCUAGCUAAUCUUUAUGAUUCUCUGAUAAGGCACUACGAAUAGUUAAGUAGUUCUCUUAAAAAUGUUUGUAAGUAUGUAAAAAGAAUUCUAACGUAUGAAUGUAAUUUAUAGACUUAUGUAAGUCACGUCUUUUUCAGA